AUGUAUGGCAGUGGGAGUGGCGCGGCGGCGCCUCCGGGUGCCGCUGUUGGCCGCCGCCGAGCGGCGCUGGAGCCGCCGCCGCCGCCGCCGCAGCGUCCUGCCCCCGCAGGCUGCUCGCUCGCCCGGCGCCGGCCACAGCGGCAGCGGCUCCGCCACCAGCAGCAGCAGCAGCGGCGGCGGCGGCGAGAGGCGUCCCGAGCGGGCUGGCUGCGCUGCGGCGGCCCCUGCGCUGUGUGGCGAGAGCGGCUGGAAGGGAGGCAGGGCAGCGGCGGGAGGCAGGAGCGCGGCGAGCGCAGGCGGCAGAGAAUGGCGGUGAGGCGGCGGCAGAGGCGCGGGCCGGGCGGCGGGCGAGCGCUGCUGGCCGCGCUGCUGCUGUGCGUGUGGUGCCGGGCGGCGGCCGAGCGGGUCCGCUACGCCAUCCCCGAGGAGCUGGGCAGAGGCUCGCUCGUGGGGCCGCUGGCGCGGGACCUGGGGCUCAGCGCGGACGAGCUGCCGGCGCGCAAGCUGCAGGUGGCGUCUGCCGGCAAGAAGCAGCUGAAAUACUUCACGGUGAAUGAGGAGAACGGGAACCUGUACGUGAACGAGAGGCUGGACCGGGAGGAGAUGUGCGGCGAGUCGGCGACCUGCUCUGUCAGCUUCGAGGCGCUGGUGCACAACCCGCUGAAUAUUUUCCACGUCGAAGUGGACAUCCAGGACGUGAAUGACAACACACCGCGCUUUCUGCGAAACAAAUUUCAGUUGGAGAUAAACGAAUUUACUUCACCCGGCGCCCGAUUUUACUUGGGCAUGGCGGAGGAUCCUGACGUGGGCAGUAACUCACUCCAAGGCUACGAGCUGGAGGCCAACGGGUAUUUCACGGUGGAGGUGAAAGAGAGCCAAGACGGCAGCAAAUCCGCGGAGCUGGUGCUGCGCCACUCGCUGGACCGGGAGAGCGAGCCGAGCCUGCGUCUGCUGCUGACGGCUCUGGAUGGCGGAGACCCGCCCCGGACUGGCACCGCCCAGCUCUGGAUCAACGUCACCGACGCCAAUGACAACCCACCCGUGUUCGCGCAGGACCGGUACCGCGUCAGCCUGCGCGAGGACACGCCUCCGGGAUCAACGGUGCUGAAUGUGUCAGCCUCAGACGCCGAUAUCGGCACCAACGCACACAUCAACUACGGCUUCGGUGAGGUGCCGGCCAAGGUGCUUCAGAAGUUCGUGGUGGAUGGCCAGAGUGGGAUGAUCACGCUGCAAAAUGCGCUGGACUUCGAGGACACGCGCGCAUUCAGCCUGGCUGUGGAGGCGACGGAUGGCGGUGGUUUGGUGGCGCACUGCAAGGUGGAGGUGGAGGUGCUGGACGUGAAUGACAAUGCUCCUGAGAUCACAGUUCUGUCACUCUCGAGCCCGGUGCCUGAGGACGCGCCAGCCGGUUCCGUGGUGGCCGUGCUGAACAUAAAGGACCUGGACUCUGGGGAGAACGGUCAGGUGUCGUGCGAGCUGUCGGGAGAGGCGCCGCUGUCGAUCGUGGCGUCCUCGGGCGGCUCGUACAAGGUGGUGACGGCGGGCGCGCUGGACCGAGAGCAGGCGUCCGAGCAUCGCGUGACGGUGGUGGCCCGGGACCGGGGCAGGCCGGCGCUGUGGAGCAGCAGGGAGCUGGUGCUGGAGGUGUCGGACGUGAACGACAACGCGCCGGUGUUCGAGGAGGCGGCGUACAGCGCGUACGUGGCGGAGAACAACGCGGCGGGCGCGCUGGUGCUGCGCGUGCAGGCGCGGGACGCGGACGCGGGCGCCAACGGGCGCGUGAGCUACUGGCUGGCGGGCGGCAGCGCGGGCGCGGCGGGCGCGGCGCCGCUCGUGUCGGUGGAGGCGCGGAGCGGCGCGCUGUACGCGCAGCGCUCCUUGGACUACGAGCAGUGCCGCGAGUUCACGGUGGCGGUGCGGGCGCAGGACGGCGGCUCGCCGGCGCGCAGCUCCACGGCCACGGUGCGCGUCUUCGUGCUGGACCGCAACGACAACGCGCCGCGGGUGCUGUGGCCGGCGGCGGCGGCGGCGGCGGCGGGAGAGGCUGCGGGAGGGGCGGCGGCUCCUUUCGAGGUGGUGCCGCGUUCUGCCGAGGCCGGCUACCUGGUGGCCAAGGUGGUGGCGGUGGACGCGGACGCGGGGCGCAACGCGUGGCUGUCGUACGAGCUGGUGCAGGCGUCGGAGCCGGCGCUGUUCCGCGUGGGGCUGCACAGCGGCGAGGUGCGCACGGCGCGCGCCGUGUCCGAGCGGGACGCGGCCAAGCAGCGGGUGGUGGCCGUGGUGAAGGACCACGGGCAGCCGGCGCUGUCGGCCACGGCCACGCUGCACGUGGUGCUGGCCGAGAGCUUGCAGGAGGCGCUGCCGGAGCUGAGCGAGCGGGCGGCGGGCGCCGAGGCGGCGGCGGCGGCGGCCGAGCUGCAGUUCUACCUGGUGCUGGCGCUGGCGCUGCUGUCGGCGCUCUUGGUGCUGAGCGUGGCGCUGGCCGUGCUGGCGCGGCUGCGGCGGGCCGGGCCGCCCGCCGUGCUGCGCUGCCUGGGCGCGCAGCGCUUCUCGCUGGCCGGCGCCGCCUUCCCGGCCGACUUCUGCGAGGGCACCUUGCCCUACUCCUACAACCUGUGCGUGGCGGCGCCGGCCCGCGCCGUGCCCGAGGCCGCUUGGCCACCGCCGCCGGUGCCCAUCCUGUCGGCGGAGGAGCUUCUGGGCGGGGAUUCCUGCGAGAAGCCGUCCCCGAGCAGUAACCUCGUCUUGGGAGAGCCGCCCUCCGAUCCGGAUGCACCGCAGGUCUGUAAAGCGUGA